AUGAUAAUUAAGCUUUCUCAUGUUAAAGCUUUUAUGCUUCCUGUUGGUCUUGUAUCUGUUGUAAUAUCUUCUCUGGCAUAUGAUAACUGGAAGAAGAAGCAGCCUCCAAAACCAAUACCAAUUCAAAGUUUGGACCGUUUUGAAAAAAUGAUGGAAUCUAUGAAUGGAUCUAUGAUGCGACCUAAAACCAACAACUAA